GACGUGGUUGAAAAAAGAAAAAAGCGUCAAGUGGAAGUGGAAAGGGUUGGAGCAUCCUCGUUUUUUCAUUCGCCCGUCUUUGCUAUGCUAUGCUAUGCUUUGGUUUGCUUUUUUUUUUUUUUUUUUUUUUAACCGCAGAAUGGGCAACUUUAAGGGGCAAUUUUAACGGCAAUUUUAACGGCCGCUUUAAUGGGCAAUUUUAACGGGCAUUUUUAACGACAAUUUUAACGACAAUUUUAACGCCCCCUUUAACCCGCACACGGAAGGGCGAACUGACCCCGCUCCCAUUCCACUGCGACCGAACGUAAAGGCAGCCGCGCGGAAGAAGCCUUCCCCCACAACGCAAGUAACCGCAUAGGUGUACGGAGGGCGCAACUGCAAAAGAGGCACAUUCUACCGAGCACCUCGCACCUCGCACCACCCCCCCAAAAUGAGACAAGAUGAACCUCACUGAGCACAAGCUGCGCGAUUUGUUCUACACGAAGAAUUACAAAUACUACGCCAAGUAUGAUAAUCACGGGAGUGUCCAAAGGAGGCACACGUCCUUCCAGAACAAUGGAAACGUGUGCUACUGCAACGCCUCCCUCCAACUGCUGCUCUCCAUCAAACCGCUCUGCAUAUACCUGCUGAACAAAUUUGACCAAAUAUACGAAAAGACGAAAUCGAAAUCAAAGUACAAGGGAGACAUACUGAAGGCCCUCUUCUACAUUGUUGAAGAAACGUACCAAGUAGAAAAGGAGUACUUAUGCACAGAAAGGCAUAUUAACCUUUUAAAAAAAAUGAAAAAAUAUAAUAGCACCAUAGUGAUCAACGCACAAAAUGAUGCACACGAAUUUUUGUUAAUGCUACUGAACUAUGUAAACGUGGAGUGCAACCGCGAUUUUAAUUUUCCGCAAAAUUUCGAAAUCAUUCUGGACGAUAAAGAUAGCAAAGAAAAGGCAUCAGAAAAGUACUGGGUAAAAUAUCUCUACAAGGAUAACAGCAUAGUGACAGACCUUUUAGGGUUCCAAAAUGUCUCUAGCAUCACUUGCACCCAGUGUGGACACACAAGACACAGUUUUGAAUUUUGCCUAGACUUAGGGUUAGAGUUUCAGAAUGAACACAUGCAAAGUACCUCCCUGAUUGAUUUACUAAAGAGUAACAUCAUGAAGAGUGACGAUUUUUGCCACUUAUUUUGCCCCAUCUGUAAAUCCAAACAAAAUAGCUGCAUUAAAAAAGGCCUCUACAGAAUGCCCAACUUGUAUAUGAUUAUUUAUAUCAAACGAUUUAAGUGGAGUUACGAGUGCACCAAUUAUUUCAAAAGUAGAGUGAAAAAAAUUGACACUACUGUGUUGCUGCCAUGGGAUGGGUUAAUUGAUUUUACAUCCUUUGCCUACAUGUCCAGCCAUGAGUCUUUAUCUAACUCGAAGUACCUCAUCGAGAGCUUCAUUUGUCACAGCGGCAACAGCUACAAUGGGCACUACACAGCCGUCGUUAAGCACACCGAUGGGUUCUACAAGUGCAAUGAUGAAAAAAUGAAAAAACUCAGUAACCCCUUUAACCCCGAAAAUAUUAGCGACAUUUACCUGCUCCUACUUAGGAGGGUCACCUAG